AUGGAGAAUGCUGUUACGUCUGCUAUUAGUCCUAUUAGCAAUUUGUCCUCUCUAGUAACUGAUACAGAUGUGUCACCCAAUAUUCCCACAAUGUUAAUGAUUCUCGAAAACUUCACUGAAGCUCUCAAGAACGAAGAAGCGUUGCCCAAUCAAGAUGAAAUAUCAAAAAGUAAGGACAUCGAAAAUGAUCUGAAACUUCUGAAAGCUAUUAUGCCUGAUGAAGGUACUACUGCUCAAGAGUUAUUGCUUACAGAGGAGAAAGCUAAAGAGGAGGACAUACAGGUGAAUUAUGGCUCGCCUUGCGACUUUUCCGACAACAAUAGCAGCUGCUGGUAUGAGCGAGAAGUCGGGGACACGCUUACCUUGGAUGUGAACAUCACCAGCUCCAAAGACGAGAACGCCUUUGCAGUCCGAUGGAAACGAAUGUACCAAAAAUACAAGCAGAAGCAAUGCGUGUACAUUAAACUCGAAACUGAGAGACUUCCCUGGAAUAUGGUCUUGGGCAGCGCGAACCGAGAACUGCGAAUAGAUCCAGUAACGAAUACGGAUUUGGAUCCUAAUGCUAUUUCAGCCAAAGUAUUUCUUGUGUCGAGAAAGGAUGGCAAGAAGACGUAUCUGUUGAUCAGAGAGCUGAUAUUUCGCAUCCAAAUACCAGCCACAGACAUGGGUUCGUUAUAUCCGGGCGAGGAAAUAAAUGUCAACCUAGAGAAUUUUGUGACUCUCCCGGAAAAUGGCAAUUUUUUGUUCGACUGGAAGAUGGAAAGAUCGGAUGGGAAAACCCGAACAUUGCCGAGCAAUUUCAAGAAAAGCACAAGCGGUAGAUCGGUCGUUGUCAAAGAGUUCAAGAGGGCCCAGGCAGGGAUCAUAGUCUGUGUCGUAUAUUCUUCCACAGGUAUAGCAGUGGCAAAGAGACGAUUCAGCAUUAAUAGAGUAUUAGCUGCAAGUGAACGAAGACGCGCCUUGAUCCAAGAUAAGAGCCAGAAUAAGAGAUCUAAAAGACAUAAACAUCGUCGUAUUAUUAAAAGAUGUAACAAAAGAUCCAACAGCAUUCCAGAAUCCACGGCUUUGAGGCUCUUGGAAUCUUCCAGGCCGCUAUCUCGAAAGAAGCGAUUCCGGAAGACGCCAACAACAGAUCAAGCAAGGAAUCGUUCUGCCAGAAAUUGCAAGCACCACAACCGACUCCACCCUCGCUGGAUACCAUCCAUCUUGGACGACGACGAUACAACUUUGGACCCCAGGAUCAUGCCAGUGCAGAAGUUGGUGGAACUAAGCGAAAACAGCGACGGAACUUUGGAUGAUAUCAUACCUCAUGAAGUGCAUUACGUGGAGCCGGUGGUCACUGUUGUCACAGAUUAUUUUCCAAACUUCUGGAAACCACCAGACUUUCAACCAAAUUGUUCUACGGAUUCAGAUUGCGGAGAUGGGGCAUUGUGCAUCAUUCCUCAAGGCCACAAAACUAAUAAAGUCACAGGGCAGGGUCAUAAAGGCUAUUGUUAUUGCAAAUCAGCGUAUUUUGGAGAUGGUUUCACAUGCAUUAAAAUCCCAAGAGGUAAUCACAGAGACAAGAGGAUUAGGAGAGAAAUUUAUAGAAAAUCUGAAGAAUUCAAGAUACAGCCACAUCUCUUUUAUGACCGAAGUAUGACCAAUGUGCGUCCAGUAAUGAAAAAAGAAGCGGUACAAAAGCCAAGUCCUUUGGAAUCACUUCGUAUUUCACCACUCAUGAUAUAUGAAGAUGAAGAUUCUUAUUUGGUGAGCGAGUGUACAGAUAAAAGAGACUGCAGCCAGCACGCCAUUUGCUUUCAAGGCGACAGAGGACAUCCAUACUGCAAAUGCAAUCCAGGAUAUCGAGGAAAUGGAAUAUUUUGCUGGGAGAUGAUCGACUUCAUAAAAGACAAAGAUCAAGUGACAGAAAUGGCACCAGAUUAA